UACGCACAGUUUGUUUGACGUACUCUCUAAGAAAUUUUUUCAACGCCAUGGACGCAUUCUCGUCUUUCUUCGAUUCUCAAUCCGGAUCCAGAAGCCGUUGGAGCUAUGAUUCCCUCAAGAACUUCCGGCAGAUUUCUCCGGCCGUUCAAUCUCAUCUUCAGCGGGUUUACCUCACUCUUGGUUGUGCUUUAGUGGCAUCUGCUGCUGGAGCAUAUCUACAUAUACUUUGGAACAUUGGCGGUAUUCUCACAACACUUGCAUCUAUUGGAUGUAUCACAUGGUUAAUGGCCACCCCUCCUUAUGAGGAGAAAAAGAGGGCGUCUAUUUUAUUGGGGGCUGCCCUUCUUGAAGGGGCUUCGAUCGGUCCUUUGAUUCAUCUGGCUGUCGAGAUUGACCCAAGUGUUCUUGUGAGCGCUUUUGUGGGAACUGCGGUUGCCUUCGGUUGUUUCUCAGCAGCAGCCUUGUUGGCAAGACGAAGAGAAUUCCUUUAUCUCGGUGGCUUGCUUUCGUCCGGCGUAUCAAUGUUACUCUGGCUACAUUUUGCCUCCUCUAUAUUCGGUGGUUCUACCGCCCUUUUCAAGUUUGAGUUGUACUUCGGGCUGUUGGUGUUCGUGGGGUACAUGGUAGUUGAUACUCAGGAGAUAAUUGAGAAGGCACAUCUCGGUGAUGUGGAUUACGUGAAGCACGCAUUGACUCUCUUCACCGAUUUCGUCGCUGUUUUUGUCCGAAUUCUGAUUAUAAUGCUUAAGAACUCAGCUGAGAAGAACGAGAGGGAGAGGAAGAAGAGGAGGGACUGAACAAGCAUGGGACUCAAGAACUCUCUGUCUCUGUUAUAGUUAACCCCAAUGUGUUUGGAUGUUGUUUGUAGAUUGUAAUGGAUUUUGUGAUAACUGAACUGAUUGAUGUGUGUUUCUGAUUGGACAAUGGACACAAUGGAAGGGGCUUGAAUUUCAUAUCA